UGGAAGGCCUUUCGUCUUCCUCUUCCAUCUACAACUUUUGAAUCCAGUGCUCCUCUCUCCCCCUGUACAGUUCUUCACUUCUUUGGUUGGCUCGUUUGCUUGCUUGGCAAAAACCAUGAGGCAAAGCAGAAUCUCAGAAAAUGCCGAAACUGGUUUCUUCGGUAGCAUUUCGUCCUCUUCAAUCAGAAGCCUUCUUCCCAGAUCAAUCUCUUCCAAACAGAAAUCUAACUCAAACCCUAAAAUUCCCAAACCGAAUGCUGAAAAUACUCCACCAUCUGAUCCAAACAUUCAAGUUUGCGACGACCGAUCAUCGCCAGCUACCAAGCAAUUACAGUCCAAAGCCCCAUCUUCCCAGCUCGAAGUUGUUGAAUCAGAUGCUCCUCGGGACUCCCCAGUGAAGGUUGUAGUGCGAAUCAGACCUCCUAAUAACGAAGGAAGCGAAGGAGAUGAGACCAUUAAGAAGGUUUCUUCGGAUACGUUAUGCAUUGCUGACAGUGAAUUCACAUUUGAUUUGGUUUUUGAUUCAAACUCUUACCAGGAAGAUAUUUUUCAGUCAGUUGGUGUCUCAUUGGUUAAAAAUGCUUUAGCUGGUUACAACACUUCACUCCUGUCAUAUGGACAGCCUGGAAGUGGGAAGACUUAUACAAUGUGGGGUCCCCUGAGUGCCAUGGUUGAAGAACCCUCGCGUUACAGUAAACAGGGAAUGGCUCCUCGGAUCUUCAGAAUGUUAUUUUCUGAACUUGAGAGAGAGCAACACAAAGGGCAACAGUUCAACUAUCAAUGUCGUUGUUCUUUCCUUGAGAUAUACAAUGAGAAAAUUGGGAAUUUACUUGAUCCAGUCCAGCAAAACCUUGAGCUGAAGGAGGAUUCCAAUAAUGCAUUGUAUAUUGAGAAUUUGACAGAGGAAUAUGUCACAAGCUAUGAGGAUGUGGCACAAAUUCUUAUUAAGGGCCUUUCAAGAAGAAAAGUUGGAGAGGCAAGCUCAAAUUCUGAGCGCUCCAGAUCGCAUAUCAUUUUUACUUUUACAGUUGCGUCUUGGUGUAAGCAAACAUCAAAGGGUUUCAGAAGCUCAACAACAAGCAGAAUUACCCUUAUUGAUCUUGCUGGAUUGAACAAAAAUGAAAAUGAAGCAGAUAGACUAUGUGUAAGGGAAAGCAAAAAUUUGAAGAAGUCCUUGUCUGAUUUUGGGCACCUAGUGGAAGCCCUGACUCAAGAAACUCGGUCUGCCAAUGCUGCAGAAAUUACAGACAGGAGUUCUUAUUUAACACGCUUAGUACAAGAAUCACUUGGUGGAAAUGUCAAACUCUCAGUAAUCUGUUCCAUCUCAUCUGAUAACAAGAGUAAUAGCGAAACACUGCGGACUCUCAGAUUUGGACAACGAAUAAGAUCCAUUAGGAACAAGUCAGUUAUCAAUGAAAUAAAAGAUGAUGAAGCUAAUGGUUUGAGUGAUCAAAUCCGGCAGCUAAAGGAAGAACUUGUUAGAGAAAAGGCUAACGUUCAUAAUUCAAUGGGGAGUAAAAAUGGAUGCUUCCAAGGACGUAAUGUUCGGGAAAGCUUGAAUAAGUUGAGAGUCAGCUUAAACCGCUCUUUACUCCUACAUCAAAUCGAUAAUGAUACUGAAGAAAAGGCAAACGUGGAUGAGGCUGACAUAAAGCAAUUAAGCAAGCAGAUUAAUGACCUGUACGGUCCAUGUGAAAUUGAGAAUUCAAUAGAUAUAUCUGUCGAUGAAGAUGGUUCCCAGGUUAAUUCUGUUGAGGAAAGUUUUGAUGCUGACAUGAUUGAGGGCGACGAAACUGAAAAGAAGGAAGAGGAUUCAGAAAAAACUUUGAAUAAGCUCUGUCAUGAGGACAAAAUGACACCAUCGGAUGACCAUCUGUGCACUUUAAGGGCGAUUAAAUCUUCAUCUAGAAACAGCAUUUCAGUCAGCUCUCCGAUCUUGGAACCACCGUUAUCUGAGUCUCCAAAAAUCAGAAAUACCCAAAGGAAAAGCAUGGCUGUUUCAUCAAGUUAUCUGGGAGGUUGGAAUAAUGCUGCAGGGAGUUUGAAUUAUAGUAAAGACAUGUUAAGACAGUCGGGUAAGGUUUUGCCAGGCCCCACUGAGUCCUUGGCAGCCAGUCUUCAGAGGGGCUUACAGAUAAUUGACUAUCAUCAGCAGAACUCUGCACUGAACAAAUCUUCAACUUCCUUCUCCUUUGAGCACUUAACCUUGGAACCCUGCUCAAAAAUUGACAAGGUUGAUUCUUCUAUGCAAACAACACAGGAAAAACUUUCAAGUGAUGUAGUACCUGCUAAUUUCCUCUGUGGAUCUUGUGGCAUAAAAGUAUCUGAUAUGGCUUCCGCUGAGCAUUUGGAAAAUGAAAUGGCAAAAGCCAUCAAGAGAGAGAAGGAGCUGGAAAUCAUUUGCCAGGAACAAAGAUCUAGAAUUGAGCAGCUAAGUCAGUUGGUGGAGAAAUACAGAGGUGAAAAGGAAAUAAACUCCCUCAUUGUGUAUGAUCAAGAAAUUGACAGGCAGAUUAAAGAUGAAGAGUACAACUCGCUAGAAGAUAAGGACAAGCUUCUGAGCUUUUCCACUUCAGAAAACCUUCUACGGCAUAUUUCAGAGGGAAAAUCUGAAAUUAAAGAAGUCGAAAAAGAGUUUGCUGUAAGAGACACCUGUUUCGACGAUAGUGAGAAGGAAGCACUUUUGAAGGAAAUUCAGAUUCUAAGAAAUAAGUUGCAGUUAUGUGGUGGUGAUGCACCAGUCAAAAAAUCUACAGAUAAAUUGAGAUCUUCAUUGAUAUCAAGAUCCAUACAACUGCAAAAAAGCGGUGUAUCUUUUCAGGCUAAUGGCGGGGAAGAGCUAGAGAAAGAAAGACAGAGAUGGACAGAAAUGGAAAGUGAAUGGAUUUGUCUCACUGAUGAACUGAGAGUUGACCUUGAGUCAAGCCGUCAACAUCUAGAGAGGGUGGAGUUGGAAUUGAAGUUAGAGAAGAAGUGCAAGGAGGAGUUGGAUGAUGCAUUGAAAAGAGCUGUUGAUGGGCAUUCGAGAAUGAUAGAACAUUAUGCUGAACUACAAGAAAGAUAUGAUGAGGUGGCUGCAAAGCACAAUGCUAUUAUGGAAGGAAUAGCAGAAAUGAAGGCGGCGGCAGCAAAGGCAGGCAAAAAGGGCCAUGCUAAAUUUGCCAAAUCUCUUGCAGCUGAGCUUUCUACAAUGAGAGUAGAGAGAGAAAGGGAGAGAGAAUUUUUGAAGAAAGAGAACAGGAGCCUCAAGAUUCAACUUAGAGACACUGCAGAAGCUGUGCAUGCAGCUGGAGAACUACUUGUUAGACUUAGAGAAGCUGAGCAUGCAGUAUCCAUUACCCAGGAGAAUUUUGCGAAUGUACAAGAAGAGAAUGGGAAGUUGAAAAAGAAAAUAGAGAAGCUCCAAAGGAAACAGAAGAUGGAGAUGAUAACCAUGAAGCAGUACCUAGCAGAUAGCAAGUUACCAGAGGCUGCGCUGAAACCACUAUAUAGAGAGGACUCUUAUGAUGCUGUUGCACGUAACAAUGCCGAUAAUGAUGAUGACCAGGCAUGGAGAGCAGAAUUUGGAGCCAUCUAUCAAGAGCAUUACUAGUUCUUAUCUGCUGUUUCUGAAUUAUCAACUGGCUCUGGCUUCAGAUCCUCCUUGGAUCGAAAAGCCUUUUGUGUAUUCUCUAUAAUUCAUUUUUCCUAUUUUGGUUUUUUUGACUUGGUACAUUCAUUGUAUUCUUUUAUACUCUCACAUACUAUAUUGCUAUAAUGAUAUUUGACUGUUUGGUUUUGUUACAA